AUAACUGAAUCACGAGUGAUCGCGGUUCAGGCAGAUCACUAGUUGAAUAACUGUCUAUCGCGAAUAACGUCCAUCGCUACUCUGUGAUCUGUGCUGUCAUUUUCAUCUGACUUCAUUCUGUUUUAGAAAUAAAAGUUAUUUAAAAUCCUAUUUACGGAAAUAAUUUAUCAGCAUGGCACAAACUGCUGGGGUAAAGCCCAUGGCAAUUGCUGGGCGUGUGGCAUCGGAACGAGAGAGAUGCCUGGGCAUGACUGAUGCGGAAAGAGCUUGGCGUAAGCAAUGGUUAAAAGACCAAGUUUUGGCUUCAAAUGAGCCAGUGUAUGUAGAAGAAUAUUGGAGAGAACGUACCAAUCCUAUUCGCCGUCUAUAUCGCAAACCUUUGGAUGUCCUUUUCACUAAACUUAUGCCUGUUUUGGGUCAAGAAAGAGCAAGCAAUUAUAGGUUUAUAGUAGGCAAACUGGGAAUGAUUGCAGUGGGUAUUCUCUCCAUACAAUAUUAUUUCAAAUAUAAUGGCAAUGUAAGUGGAAACUUAUUAUUCACUUUUAAGUCUCAUUUUAUUAUCAGCAAUGGAUUAAUUUAUUUUUUGAUGUUACUAGGAUUGGACAAAGAAAGGAGGCUGGAGGGUUAUGACAACUAAACCUAUGGUCUUGCCAGGUCAACCAGGCUUCCCAUUCAAAUCUGAACGUUGUACAGACUCUGAUUAUGCUGAAAGAGGUUUCAAGAAGGCUACCAUUUAGUUACUAGUUACCAAAAAAACUAUUUAAUUAAAAAGAUUUGGAAAGAAGAAAUUGUAAAAACAAAAUAAACAGAGUUU